UCAGUCCAGUCCAGUCAGACGGAGUGAGUGAGCGAUCCUACAGUCCAGCAGACAAACGAGAAGAGGAAAAAGUGAUCCAAGGAAACCCCAAAGCUCCUCUUUGACCAGCAGAGAGGGACAGAGAGAGAGAGGGACACAGAGAGAGAGAGAAGGACCCAGGGGAACAAGAGGAAGAAGGAGAGAAAGAGACAGCACUGCAGUGGACACUCGUGAGUGGGAGCUAAAAAAGCAACUGGGAGAAACUCUUUUCCCAAACGGACACUGCAGAGCGCGAACACACACACACACACACUUCGGCUGCCUGUGCUGUGAUUCUCAUUAGCUUCUGGUGGCAGUGAUUGAGUGUGUGUGUGAGCAAGGCUGAGAGCGUGUGAGAGUGUGUGUGUGUGUGAGAGAGAGAGAGGGAGAGUGUAUGCGUGCGUGUGUGUGUGAGAGCCGGCUGCUCCACUGGAGUCCACGGGACCAUGGCACCUGGCAAAAAGCGGCAAAGCUGAGGACACACUCCCACACACACACACACACACACUUCACAAGAGGAGCAAAGGACUGCAGAACGGAAAAAGAGCAAAGGGUACCAGUACUUUGAGUGCUCACGUGUAAACACCUCACUGUAGCUGAGGAGACAUCGGAGGACAGACAGCCACCACGGGCUGUGAUUGGACGGCUUCAAGAUGAUGACCAUGAUGAUGAUGAUGCUCAUGAUGAUGAUGACGACGGUGAUGAUGAUGAUGGUGUUUGGAUCACUGCUGCUGGUACAGGCCUCAUCUUCAUCCCCACCCUCCACCUCCGCCUCGGCCCCACGCAUGAAGCUCUCAUACAGAGAACUCCAGCAGCUAAACGGAGUGCGGCGGUAUGACCUUGACCGCUCCUGCUGCUUCGGGACGCUGCUGUUGGACGAGGAGCGUGGCCGUCUGUUUGUGGGAGCGCGCAACUUCCUGCUCUCGCUCAACCUGGAGAACAUCAGCAAGCAGGAACACAAGAUCUACUGGCCAGCCCCUGUGGAGUGGAGGGAGGAGUGCAAUUGGGCGGGAAAAGACAUCAACACUGACUGUGUGAACUAUGUGAAAGUUCUGCACCAUUUUAACCGCACACACCUGUAUGCCUGUGGCACUGGGGCCUUCCAUCCAGCCUGCAUCCACGUAGAGGUGGGCCAAAGGAUGGAGGACCAUGUUUUCCGGAUUGACCAAUCUAAAGUUGAGGAUGGGAAGGGGAGGAGCCCAUAUGACCCUCGCCAUACAGCUGCUUCAGUUCUGAUUGAGGAUGAGCUGUAUGCUGGAGUGGCCACUGAUCUGAUGGGGCGGGACUUCACCAUCUUCCGCAGUCUGGGCCGAAAACCAUCCAUCCGCACCGAGCAGCAUGACUCGCGCUGGCUCAAUGAGCCCAAGUUUGUGGGGGCCUCCUGGGUCCCCGAGAGUGAGAACGAGGAUGAUGACAAGAUCUUCUUCUUCUUCCGGGAGACGGCGGUGGAGGCGCAGGGCUUUGGGAAGGUCACCUACGCUCGGAUUGGUCAGCUGUGCCGAAAUGACAUGGGAGGCCAGCGCAGCCUUGUGAAUAAGUGGGCGACAUUCUUGAAGACUCGGCUUGUGUGCUCAGUGCCAGGAAGUGAUGGCAGCGAGACCCACUUCGAUGAACUCCGUGAUGUCUUCCUGCUACAGACCAGAGACAGGAAGAACCCACUUUUCUACACCAUCUUCACCACCUCCAGUAGUGUGUUUCGGGGGUCAGCCGUGUGUGUGUACACCAUGAGUGACAUCAGACGGGCCUUCCUGGGGCCCUUCGCCCACAAAGAGGGGCCAAACUACCAGUGGGUCCCCUACCAGGGCAAGGUCCCCUACCCACGACCAGGCAUGUGUCCCAGCAGGACCUACGGAAGCUUUGAGUCCACUAAGGGCUUCCCCGACAGCGUCAUCCAGUUUGCCCGGCAUCACCCGCUCAUGUUUAACCCUGUGACCCCACUGGGUGGCCGGCCCGUCUUCCUGAGCACCUCGCCAGAACACAGCUUCACUCAGAUCACCGUGGACCGCGUCAACGCGGCCGACGGCCAGUACGACGUCAUGUUCAUCGGCACAGAUGUGGGCGCGGUGCUGAAGGUGAUCUCGGUGCCCAACAAGAAAAGCAACACAGCUCUGCUGCUGGAGGAACUCCAAGUGUUCAAGGACUCCUCAUCCAUCAUUAACAUGCAGAUAUCAUCUAAACGACAACAGCUGUAUGUGAGCUCGGACACAGGUGUGGUUCAGCUGCCUCUGCACCGCUGCAGUGUGUAUGGGAAAGCGUGUGCAGAGUGCUGUUUGGCACGUGACCCUUACUGUGCAUGGGACGGGAACACCUGCACCAGAUACCUACCCAAUACCAAAAGGCGGUUUCGGCGACAGGAUGUGAGAAAUGGGGACCCUAACACACUCUGCUCAGGAGACCACAACAAGCAGCGCGUCCUGGAGAAGAAACUGUAUGGGGUGGAGGACAGCAGCUCGUUUCUGGAGUGCAUCCCCAAAUCCCUGCAAGCCAAGGUCACAUGGACCUUCCAGAGGCAUCCCAACAGCCCGCGUGAAGAGGUCCGUCUGGACGAGCGUGUCAUGCAGCUGGACAGGGGCUUGCUGCUGAGGAGUGUCCACCGACGGGACGCGGGCGUCUACCAGUGCCACGCCACCGAGCACGACUUCACCCAGACCCUGCUGCACCUCACCCUGGACGUGGUGCCCUCCGCCACCCUCAACCCCCGCUCCGUGCUGCCCAAUCAGAAGCCAUGGUACCGGGACUUCCUGCAGCUGCUGGACCAACCCAACAUGAGCGCGGUGGAUCAGGUGUGCCAGCAGGUGUGGUCGCGUAAGCACCCCAGCCAAUCAGGGAAGAGCAUUCCCAGUCCAGCGAAAGUGGCGCCCCCUUUUGAGAAAAAGAGCAGCGUCCAGAAAGUGUGGAAGAUGAAGAAGGGCCGGAGCCGAAGAACCCACGACAGACACUCCCCCAGAGCGCCUCGCAGCGCUGGAGAAUAGCGAGGGAGAGAGAAAGGGAGAGAGAUGGAGAAAGAGAGAGAGAGAGAGAGAGAGAGAGAGAGAGAGAGAGAGAGAGAGAGAGAGAGAGAGAGAGAGAGAGAGAGAGAGAGAGAGAGAGAGAGAGAGAGAGAGAGAGAGAGAGAGAGAGACUACACCUAAAUACACAGAGUAAGCACAGUCACAUUGAUCAGCAUGGAUCAAUUCAUCACCAAUUCACCAUCCUCCUGAAUCCAAUCUGAUCAUUCGGUCACUUGGCACAAACACAUGCAAACACAAAACACACACACACAUACAAACGCACACAAGGUUUUCAUGGAAUUUUUCUGGAACUAUAGAACAGUGAAACUGGAAAAUGCUCUGACUCAUAUGCACACCCCUCGCCCCAGACACACACACACACACACACUAACCCUGAGACUAGCAGAGAGACGGACAUGCACAAUGCUAUCCUUAUGAUUGGGAGACAACACUGGUCCAGAGGGAGCGUGGACAUGGCAGUGACCUCACUCUGGACUGCAAAUGAGAGGACUAGAGGAUUCUACACUUCAUGUGACCCCUCCAUCUCCAGUGAAGCCCAGCGGAACUAUUUGACCGCACAAACUGUACACCAGCGUGGAGAAUACACGUGCAUGAGCACAGCAACCACUUACACUCUCACACACGCUCACAGAAAAACACACACACACACACACACACGCACAUGGCAAACAUUCACACAUACAAAGAUAUCUACACACAUUUGGUUUCCUUUUUCUCACAUAAAGUUCAGAAGAAGCAUGAGCUAUGUAGGCCGAUCAUCAUCAUACUUACACAAGGAACCUUCCUUCAAACGCACACAUGACAUUAGUUAGUACACAUGUAUGCAUACUUUCAGUGUUUUCAAUAUAGUCUAUGUGUGUGCUGUGGUUUGUGGUAGAGUUAGACUUUGAUAUACUGCCUUUUUUGCAGAAAACCACUGAUGGCAUUCCAAACCAUACUGGGCACGCUCACAACUAGCCAAUCAACAUCAGCACAAAGCUGUAAGAUUAGAUACUCAACUCUAUGGUACAGAACAUGGGAGAGGGCUCUCUAUCUCUUGGUACAGAUGGUCAGAUAGAAGACAUAAUGUUUAUUUAGUUGUUUAUUUAAAAAGAUUUGUUGGAGUUGUUUAUAUUUGUUUGAGUAUGACGUGUGUUGUGUGCUGGGGCUAAAGUUUCGCUGCUUGUCUGAGCUGAUCCUGAGCCUGUGUCCUGCCUGUUUACAAGACCAAAACAACCCCAACGCGUCCACAUCAGAGGCACCACAGAGAUCAUGCUUCUCCACAUAAACACUACCACAGGACACUGACAGCAUGAGCUCUCACAGGAGAGAAUGACAUCGCAAAAUAACCUCAGAACAACUGGGAUGCAGCAGCAUUACGAUCACUACACAAAUACAACACACACACAUAUACACACACACGCACACACACACACACACACACACACACGUACACAGAUGUAAUACACAUCUGUAGUCGACCAGGCAGAAUCAGGAUCUUGAGGAGAGGCUUAGAGAAUCAACAAGGAGGCUGCCAGUCUGCACACAACAUCAACCCACCGGUGCAUUGGGGCUUGAGAAGCAAUAACUGGAAUUUUGAGGGUUCAGUGUUUGAAUUUAUUUAAGAAUACGGCUUUUACGACUUUACGACUUUAUUUAACUCGACCCCUCACUUUCAAAUGAUUUUACCAGUGAGAUGGGUUCCGUGAGAGAUUUGGACCAUAAUCUCUUUGUAUGCAGUUUCAACUACAGUUCAAUCCAAAGAUCCAUGAGAACACACUCUGUGCCAAACACAUUAUAUAGACGUUAGAAUUAGUUUGGGUCUCUCUGUGUUUGUUUGGACUGUUAAUAAGUAACUUAGAAACCUGUUAUAAAACACUAUUCUGUCAUCUGAAUCUGUCAUUUAAAAAAUGGAGAAAUGGAGUAGCAUCUAGAAAUGCUAUUCAGACUGCAUAGUUCAAUAAUUCAAGGAGAAAUGUGAUAUCCUUACACUUCAAAAUAGAAAAAAUAAACAAAACAUAAUCUCUACUGCCCUAACAAAAAAUUCAGAAACAAAGUUUUAAUUUAAUAAAUAUUCAACUAUG